GCUAACAGCACCGUCCUCCUGGCGCUGCUUCCUGUCAUCUUCUAGAACAUUAACUGCCCGGGCGGACAGACGCGGUUUGGAGCCCAGAUCCUCGCCUUUACAUCCAGGAAAUGUCUGAGCAGGAGGAAGGAAUGGCGACUGUGGAGGAGCAGCAGGAAAUGGAGGAUAAAGUGAUCAGCCCAGAAAAGGCAGAGGAGGUCAAGCUGAAGGCCAGGUACCCUAACCUGGGAGCCAAACCUGGUGGUUCAGACUUUCUGAGGAAAAGACUCCAGAAAGGGCAAAAGUAUUUCGACUCCGGGGACUACAACAUGGCCAAGGCCAAAAUGAAGAACAAACAGCUGCCGUCGGCUCCGACGGAGAAGACGGAGAUCACAGGGGACCACAUCCCCACCCCUCAGGACCUCCCCCAGAGGAAGACCUCCAUCGUGGCCAGCAAGCUAGCCGUUUGACGCUUCUUCUGUUUACUCAUUUGCUAUCAUUCCAUCAACCAUCUUAUACCUACCUGCUGUUUUUAGUCAUCUUUCCUUGCCUUUGUAUGUAUUGCCCUAAACUGCUUAAAGAAAAAGAGUUAGUCUAAUAAACAGUUCACUAAAAAUGUUAAAGAUUUAAACCAAGUAAUGGGGUCUGAACACACCCAACUAAAGGAAUGUGGUCAUGAUUUAGCUUUCAAUCUGCAUUUAAAGGAGAGCCGGCUUCCUUGUAAAGUGAUAACAGCGCAUUUCUUCGGAGAUGAUGUUUACAUGACGGCAGAGGAACCUGGUGAUGGCCGUUCACUAUGAAGGGGAACGGAUGCGUAAUUAAAAGGAUUUCCUAAUGUUAACCAGUUUUAGAUAGUGAACUCAUCAAAGCUUUAUAUUUUACCUUUCCGGCUCUGUUUAACGGUUCAGUUUUUAAUGUGCAGCUGACCUGCUUGUGUCCAUUUGCGUUAAAUCCAUGUUAAUACGGUUAAUUCACGACGACAUGCUGCUGAUCUCUUCAUCCUGACCUCUGAAAUAUGGCCUUAAAGUAACGAACAGUCGUUUCCUCUUGAGCAAUAUUUGCUCCCUCAGUGAGAAUCAUCGUGGUGAAUCUCGUCUUUUUCGCCGUUUGACUGGAUUCCCUUUUUGGAUCACAUGGGAAAACAUUCCCACGUCAUGUCUGGAGUGUGCAUGUGUGUUUACUGUGCUGAUAUGCUGUGCCAUUUGUUUUGUAAAUAAAAUAGUUUUGCAUAAUA